AUGCGGCAGGACAUCCCGGUGGGUGAUCACGCAGGCAGCACGGUGGUGCCCCAGCUGGGCUGGAGAGCCCUUGGAGACUACCUGGGAGGGGGCACGCUGGAGUGGAGAGGGAAGAAGUUCGUGGGGGACCUGCAGCCAGAUGGGAGGAUUGUCUGGCAGGAGACGGGGCAGGUGUUCAACUCGCCCAGUGCCUGGGCCACCCACUGCAAGAAGCUGGUGAAUCCUGCCAAGAAGUCAGGCUGCGGCUGGGCCUCCGUCAAGUACAUGGGCCAAAAACUGGACAAGUACAAAGCGACCUGGCUCCGGCGCCACCAGCUCCACAUGUCUGCAGCUGCCACUGAUGAGAGCCCAGCCAGUGAAGGGGAAGAGGAGGAGCUGCUGAUGGAGGAGGAGGAAGAGGACGUCCCAGCGGGGGUCUCAGCGGAGGACAAGAGCAGGAGACCCCCAGGGAAAGGUCCCUCAGAGCCCGCCCACCAGGGUGAGAGGCAUCGUGGAGGGAAGGAGGGAAGCGAAUAUGAGGUCGUGGGGUACCUGGGAGGCCGUUGGGACAUCAACAGCCAGAUGCUCACGGUGCUGAGAGCCUUCCCCUGUCGCAGCCGGCUGGGCGACGCAGACACAGCGGCCACCAUUGAAGAGGAGGUCUGCCAGAGCCUGUUCCUACGGGGUCUGUCCCUGGUGGGCUGGUACCACAGCCACCCGCACAGCCCAGCACUGCCCUCGCUCCAGGACAUCGACACGCAGAUGGACUACCAGCUGCGCCUGCAGGGCUCCUGUAACGGCUUCCAGCCCUGCCUGGCCCUGCUCUGCUCACCCUACUACUCCGGCAACCCUGGCCCUGAGUCCAAGAUCUUGCCUUUCUGGGUGAUGCCGCCCCCUGAGCAACGGCCGGGCGACUACGGCAUCCCCAUGGACGUGGAGACGGUCUACGUGCAGGACGGCUUCCUGACCAACGAUGUCCUGCAGGAGAUGAUGCUGCUGCUGGAGUUCUACAAGGGCGCCCCUGACCUUGUGAGGUUCCAGGAGCCCUGGAGCCAGGAGCACACCUACCUGGACAAGCUGAAGAUCUCGCUGGCCAGCCGGAUGCCCAAGGACCCGGGCCUGUGCCACGUGCUAGAGCAGGUUUACAACGUCCUCAGACAGGGCAGCUGAGCCCGGCCCUGCCGCUCCCGUAAUAAAGACCCCGGCAGCCGUC